AUGAUCCUGCGGUUGAUCUAUUUACAUAUAAUUAUCGUAUGCCGCAUUUGCACGGCGGUUUUGUCGGCUGAUUAUCCGUUGCCAUCCAGUUUGACCUUAUCGGCUGAUGUCAAUUUUGGGAAAUCUGUAUUGCUAAAUUUUGACGGAAUUUUGCAGCAUCUGAAUAUUACUGAUCCUUCUCAUCGUUGCACUAUCAAAGUGAUCCAAACCGAGCCAAUAUAUUCACUGGUCGGGAACGUUAAUUCUAAUGCUUUUUCCUGUGCGGCAAAAAAUGUCUCUUAUGUGCAUUACGGCUACGAGAGCCCGAGCGAAGACACCGUGAAAUUCCGUUUGUUUGUGUUUACUCCCACAGAUCUGUUGGAAUAUACACUGUUUGCCCUAAUUCGCAUUUUGGAUCCUGGACCGGAGAAUAUAAUUCUAAAAGGCUUUCCAUUGCGCGUCAACAAAUCAACGCAUCGUAGCCAGCCGGUAACGGUGAAUUCGGUGAAAAUGAGUCAAGAUGAAUUGCCGGAUUACUGCCAUAUUGCUGUCGUCAGCGGACAGCGUUUCCCACGCUUCGGUCAUCUGACGAUCGGUCAGCACUCCCUGACGUGCGGUGAGUUCUUUGCCGGGGAAGUGUAUUAUGAAUUAACAACGGAAGUGUACACAAACCGCGAUUAUGUUAUUGUGAAAUUGGAGACACUGGAUAGUAUGUCCAGUCCCGUGGUUGAAUACUUUCAAUUCCCUAUUCAAAUUGACCACACGCCGAGUAACACGCCGCCCAAAAUCGCCUUUACGGCACAGCUGUUAUUGGACGUACAGAGUUAUGUCAUUAAGAGCAUUUCUAAGGAGAUCCUCUUAGCGGAAGAUGCGGAAACACCCAGUGAAAAUUUAGUGUAUCACGUGGUCCAAGCGCCGGAAGCAACAGACGGAUAUUUAAUUCGCGUGGACGAUCCGGUGCAUCCAAUCGAAGCGUUUACGCAGAAAGACAUCAGCGCCCAGCGCAUCGCCUUCCGCCCACCACUGCAGCCGAAACCGGACAACGUGGCGGAGUUCUUCCUGGAAGUGGUGGAUCCGGAAGGCUUGGUAUCGGAAUCCGUGCUGCUGAUGGUCAACAUCCGACCCGGCAAUUAUCCGGGACCGUUUAUCGUGUUCAACACGGGAUUAACGCUGUACGAAGGGGAAGCAGCCACACUGUGGCGGCACCGGAAUCUGGCGGUGGCUGACGAAGACAAUUACGCUAACAUCUCAUUCCGUGUUAUCGGUGGACUGGCGCACGGGCGCCUCCUGCAGUCCGGCCGUGAAGGGAGUGUGAAGAGGUUUGUAGCUGGGGAUCUUGAGAUCGGAUCACUUCAAUAUGAGCAUGAUGGAUCGGAUACGGCGGCUGACACACUGCUACUGCAGAUGGACGACGGUCAGCUGGACACGUCGGCAGUGGACAAACAGCAAGUGGAGUUUUUAGUGGCCAUCAGUAUUCUGCCGGUGGAUGAUGAGCCACCGGUGCUCUUGGCUAACACCGGUAUUCUCGUGCAUAGCGCCCACGAGAUGGUCAAGAUUAGCAAUAAAACACUGCGGGCCAAAGAUAUGGAAUGUGCAAAUGACCAAGUGUACUUUCACAUUACGCAAAGCGCGCCAAUGUGGGGAUACUUCUUUCUCACAGAUAAUGACAAAGAUAUCGAAACAGAGAACCGCGUGGAUAAAUGGACACAAGCGGACAUCGAUGCCGGAAAUCUCUUCUACCAGCACGAAGGCGAUCCAUCUCAGAUCUCCAGUACAUGGUACACGACGGAAUUUCGCCUGCAGGACGGCAAUGAUCCUCCUAAUUUAUCGGCCCAUUUACACCCUCUAAGUGUCACAUUCAUUCCCCAGGACACCCAGCCACCCCGCUCACUGUCCAGCGCAUCCCGGCAUCUGCAUGUGAACGCCUCACAAGUGGCAAUUAUCGGUAACCGGAUCCUGCAUUUUGUUGAUGAUUUCACCAGCGACCGCGAUCUCCUGCUCAUUGUUCGUGCACCGCCGCAAUUAGGCACAUUAAUAUGGACCAAUCGAGAAGAUCAGCAUAACCAGCACAUUCCUGUUGCGUUCCCACAGUCCAAGUUCUCAUAUGGAGAAAUUGCUUACCAGGCGCCGGCUGCGCUGCCUAACACGGAUGCGCUGCAGUAUGAUCAACUGAUGGUGGAUGUGCAGGACAAACAGGGGAAUGUGCUGUACAAUCAGACACUGCGCAUAGUCAUCGCACCGCCCCCUGUGGCAGCGGCCAGUAAGCCGCGACGUCACAGCAGUGAUUGGCUGGUGAAGCCCCCUGCGGCGACCAGCCGGGUGAUUGUGGUGAAGGAAGGAGAAAUGGCAUCAAUCAGCGAUCAUUACCUCCUCAUAUCUGAUCCCGAUAUCGAUCGGGCAGCAAUUCACUUUACUCUUGACAAAGCGCCGGCCAUGGGGAUGCUGUGGUUAAAUAACAAAUCGCUCAUCCUUCAUGACCACUUCACGGCCGCGCAUCUGGCUAAUCUGUCCAGUGGGCUGAUUUAUAAAAACAUGAAAACAACACAUACCGCCACGGAAGAUCUUGUCCGUUUCAAUAUUACCGCCGAUGAUGCCGGGGAUAGUCUCGUAGUGGCCACGGAAUUCCAGUUCCGUAUAAUACCGGCUACGCAGUCCGAUCAGCCGAAAAAAUUCGGUCUCUCCAAACUGGGAAUGGUGCUAACCGUUCCAGAAGACAGCACAGUUAAAUUGAGUCGAAGCAAAUUGUUAGGCUCUGCCGAAACUGACAACUAUCCACCAAGCGAUUUGCAGUUUGAACUACAGACGCCCGCUCAAAAAGGCUCACUCCUGGUCAACGGCACUGAUAGUAUGAAAUUCUCGUGGAGAGACAUUGAACAUGAUGCUGUGGAAUAUCGCGCGCAAAAUCGCGGCGGCGCGACCAGUAAUGCGCUAUUCGACGAUGACCUUUCCUUUAGAAUCACUUCCGUCGAUGAUCCUUGGGUCAUUGGCGAUAAGAUCAUCGAUCACUUGGAAAUACAGGUAUUGCUGACGGAAAAAGUCAUUUCCACAACGCUGGGUAAACCGUUCAGAGUCAAUGAGGGGGAAAGUGGGGUGUUGACCCAGGAACAUUUAGUGAUGCCGACGCCACAGUCAGGAACCACAACCUGCUCGCUAAUUCUGCCGCCCAUGUACGGGCAACUGUUCGAUGUCAUCCGCAAUAUUCCCAUUACCACGUUUACUAAUUUCGAGCUCUUCCAACACCAGAUUUAUUACCAACAAAAUAAACAUAAAGAUAUUGAACCGCGCUCUGACCUCUUCCGGUUGAAUUGUGCCGGUGUGUGGCUAGAACUUUUGGUGACAAUUAACGAAGCCAACGACGAAUCGCCGGUCAUCACGUCGAGCGAUGUGCAGGUGUCUUUUGGCGAACAGGUGGCACUGGCGUUUUUUGUUUACAUCACGGAUGCGGAUAUUCCGGAAGACAACCUAACCAUCGAUAUUGUCAAAUUCCCUCAACGCGGGAUGGUUAUCUACAACGCCACGAAGGAUGACCCUAAUGAGAUUCAGGUUGAGCCGCUUUUUCACCCAGUUCGGAAUUUUUCCAACGCGGAUUUGGGGAGACCCGACAGAAUUAUUUACCGCCACGAUGGUAGUGCCGGUGCCCAUCGGGAUGAUUUCACUAUCCGGGUGGCCGAUGGUUUGCAUAUUGUGGAGAAAACCAUUCAUGUCGUUAUUCGUGGCGAAGAGCGAGCGCUGGACGAUUAUCACGAAUCGCGGUACGGAUUGGUUGAAGUGAUUUCGUCACCUGUUGAGCUGGUCGGACCGGAAACGGAAGUGCAGUUUUACAACAUGAGCGAUCUGUCCAUGUUGAAAACUCUUUCAUCUACUCAACUUGUUCCGCCGGAACGGAAAGAGAUGCCUAAUAUUACUUUGAUAGAAAGAAACGGUCCGCUGAUCUUCCUUCCCAAUAAAUAUCUUGGUGCGGUAAUGUCCAGCGAGAUGAUUAAUAUCACGCGCAAUAACGAAUCGUCCCCAAAAGAGCUUCUUUUUGAAAUCCUCGAAGCGCCCAAAUUUGGGUCAUUUAUGGAUUUGCGGGAGCCGGAAAGGGUCGUUCAUAUGUUUACGGAAAAUUCCUUAACUGACCACAACAUUGUUUAUGCUUUGCACCCCAAUGCCGACAACAAUCAUGCCACUGGAGACUUUUUCACGCUACAGGCGAUUAAUGAAUUUGGAGUCAAAUCCAAGGUCUUGAGCGGGGCAUAUCCCAUGGAUGGACGUGACGACGAGUUGUUCCAGUUGUUCCUGGAAGAGCCGCAAUUUGCCAACAUCCGCAAGCCAUUCGUCACGACCGUUUCGAUUGUUGACCGGGAUGACAAUGCUGUAAUUUAUAUUCCAAAUCCGUUGUACUUCGUCCAAGAAGAUAUCGGCGUAUACAAUUUGACGUUAAACCGUGGUGGCCGCGAUAUUUCCUAUCCGUUAUCCGUAAUCUGCUAUACCACCGACGGUACGGCAACCGGCACAAUUUCUCGACAACAACAAAUUUUCCGACCAGAUUUCGUUUCCCGCUUGAAUAUUCAUUCUAGUACUGUCCAGUUCCGACCCAACGAGAGUACUGCUACCUGUCCCAUCGUCAUUGUGAAUGACCAGUUUGCCGAAGAAGAUGAAAACUUUUUCGUCAAUAUCCAGCCGAUGGGCAGUGCCCGUGUGGGAAUUUAUGCCCAAACGGAAAUUAUUAUCAAACGAGAUUUCCGCGAUGAGCCGGUUAUCAAGUUCGGUAAGAAGGAGUACUACACGACAAUACUGGAGCCGCAUCUCGAAGUGCAAGUGGAACGAAAGGGCGGAGAUUUGCAUCAGCCUUCCGAAGUCGAAAUCACUUCGCCGGACGGAAAACGCUUGGAAAUGGUGUAUUUUGGUCCGGGAGAGGAAAUCCAGAGUGUUACUUUAAAAGAUGUUGCCGGUGUUGCACAAAAAUCGGGAAAGAGUAUCAUUCGAUUGUUUCUCAAUAAUUCCCAUUUCGCGCAACUCGCGCAGCCGAAUUACGCUAUUGUCCACAUCAAAAAGCAGAUCAGCCUUACCAUGCUUUCGCCGGUCGGAGGGACGCUGACGGCCAGUGAUAUUAUUCUGCUGGGAAACGAACCAGGGAAUUUGGCAGCAUACGAACUACCUGGUGGUUCUGUUAAAGGCUGCACGAACUGUCCGAACGAUAUCGUUGAACUGAAGCUGAUGCCCGAGAAUAAUGUGCCGAGUAACAGCCGCCCCAUGUAUUCACGGACUUCCGACGAAAUGGAAAUGCAGCAGUAUGACUCCACUGGGAUGGCGGAGAAGCAAGCCGAGGAAGCCGACAAAAAUGAUAAGCGAAGUUUUAUACCCAAAGGAAGUGUGGACGAAAAAAGUGCCGAUCAGCAACCGGUUUUACGUGGUGGAAAUAAAUCCAGCGACCGAAAACCGCCAAAUCCGCCAACAACAAGAAGCGCGCAGUAUUUGUUUCCAAAUGUCUCUUACAUUUCUUUUGCCAAACCACAUUACGAAAUCGUGGAACCACUAACCCCAAGAACCGUACAGUGGCUUAGCAUCCCAAUAGUUCGAACCGGGAAUCUGUCGAGAAGCGACAUUGUUCGUGUAAUCACAAAAGAUGGAUCAGCCAAAGCCGGACCAGACUACGAAGCCAUCGAUACAGUGAUCAACUUCGGGGUAAAUCGCAGUCAGGAGGUGAUCCAGAUUAGAAUCGUAUACGAUGAAGUGCAAGAAGUUCGAGAAAAUUUUACGGUCAAUCUGUACGCACUGAAACGUACCGGAGCGAUAAUCGAGGAUGGUCUGACGGUCGUUACCAUAGAAGAGCAAUCAGGAGAGAAUGUCCGUUUUCCUGGAGCUCCGUUGGUCGUUAGUCUGGAAACCUACGACACUCCUGCUGCAGGAGGCUGGGUGGCUGCCGGACAACCGGUGGUCUGCAUAACGACCUGUAAUCCCGUCCAUCCGGAUUAUGAUCGCACACGCUUGAUAUGUGAACUGGAAAGCAUCGAUGAUUCUCAGACGAUAUACGAAUGGAAAGUCUCUCAUUCGCUGGGCAUGAACGCGCUCAGUUUUGAGCCGCUGCAGCAUCUUCGCAGUUCGGCAUUUUUCGCGGCACUGAAUGCUCCUGUUCUGGACAGUAUCUACUUUGCUAAUGGAAGUGUCAUUCAGUGCUCCGCCCGAGCAGUUACCAGCAAAGGUCACGGAGGUUUCGAAACAACUAGCGAUUUGGUUACGGCGGUCAAUCUGGAUGCCAGAUGCCCAUAUUCGAAAAUCUCCCACAAUGCUGUCAAUGUUGAUGCGUACGAGGCGGCUACUUCGCAUACAAAAGACGGUAAAAUUAAAGUAACGGUCAGUAUCCCACACCGUGUCGGUCUGGUUCCACUGGUAUCCACAACCCCGAUUAUGGAUUUACACAUGGUGCUGUUUAACGAAGGCACCCGAGUGGCCGAGCAUCCCUGCUCGAAUAUGCUGUCCAGCAAUGAAGUCCGCACACAAGACGGCUUUCUCAAACACUGGACAAAUCACGAUAACCUUACGGCGCACCAGUUUGACGACAAAUUACGCGGCAAUCGAACGGUAGAGUUUUAUCGCAAUUUGAAUCUGCGGAAUUGUCGGUGGACAUUUAUUAGCACCUUCACCACAUCGGAAAUUACCAAUGUUUGUGGAGGCAAACUACUGACAGAUAGAAUUGUGCCACCGACAACAAGAAGGGAAGUGUCGAUGCAGUUGCCGCUGUAUAUAACGUACGCGUAUUUCACGAACUCAAUUGGACAACCAUGGAAGCAUUUCGAUCAGUCGACCAUUCUGGAUAUCGUGUAUUCUUAUGACAGCGUAAUGACUGCUUGGUCACCGGAUAGUGCGCUGUUAAGUCCAGUGCAAAUGGUCGAACCGGAAGUACCGAAAUUUCCAGGUUAGACAUUAUAACAUAUCACAUAAAGGGCAGCCACUAUGAGUAUAUGGAAAGUUUAGCGGCCUCUGCCUAAUUUUCGUGCAAUUAUUGCAGCGGAUAUUAAAUUGCUUCACGUUAAGGUCGUGGACGGAGGAACAAAACUUCACGUUCGUUUUAAAACAAAGACUAAAUUCCGUGGGAAAUUUGUAACGCAUUCCUCUACCGCCUCUGCUGCAGCAAAAGCAAUGUACACGUUAUCACCAUCAACAGAGUUCGAACUGAAGCUUCUAAGAACUCAAGACAACAGUCCAUUCCCACAACAGCUGUGGCGCUUUAGUUCAAUAAGGGCGAUUAAGAUGGAGUAUAUGGGAUUGUACAACAUCACAUUACUGCCCUGUGAAUUUCCACUAACAUCCUUUUCAUCCUGCGACAUUCGUCCGCCUAUAACGCUCUCUCUGAAUGUGAUGGAAUUAACUUACAAAUAAAACUGCAUGUUCGUAUAAUUUUUCCUUCCUGUCCUGCCAAAUUUUUUAUGCUGUUGAUCGAAUACUUAAAUAUAAGUCUGCAUGUGUGUUUAAAUAAUUAUGGCAUUUAUUUCCUAUUGCUCACUAUCUAUCAGUCGCAUUCGAUUUAUGUACUACAGUAGUAAUUGUUAAG